GGCACGCGCGCUCUCCGGCUCACUGCCUCAUCCGCUCUGACAGCUCAGACGCACUUUCCAGCGAGGGUUUAUUGCGAUGCUGGAGCUCGAAUAGCGGCCUGACAGCGACCGAAUUCGGGGGAAAUUACUGUCUUUUAUUUGUCAUUUCUAGCAGGUGCACAAGGACGUUUUACCAGACACAGACCUCCGCGUUAAUGAAACUUCGCUCCGAUUCCAGAGCUGGAGUUGGCGUACACCAUGCUAAGGUAAAGCCUAAGCUGGCUGUGUUGAACAUGUUAAAGAGGCUGGACAAAAUAAGGUUCCGAGGGUCGAAGCGUGAUGAGUUCCUGGAUCUGGCUGAGUCUCCUACCGCCUCGGAUAACGAAGGCAUCGAGGACAUUCUGAUGAAGCCUCGGCUUUCCUUACGAGACUCAGAAGAGCUGAGAGAACCAGCUGGAUCAGGGGCUCUCAGCAUGGCCACCGUGCAGGACCUGAGGAGCGACACAGAGCGUCUCAAUGAGGUUAAAGGUCAUCUAGAGAUUGCACUACUGGAGAAGCACUUCUUGCAGGAGGAGCUGAGGAAGCUGCGAGAGGAGACCAAUGUGGAGAUGCUGAAGCAGGAGCUGGAGAGGGAGCGUUGCAGGAGGCUGGACUUGGAGCAAAAGAUGAAUGAUGUGCUGAAAGGCAGGUUAGAAGACUCUCCUCCCCAGAUCUCACGUAAACAACAGUCACCCUCUGCAAAUGGCACAGAGAAGCAACAAAAAGAAACACUGUGGUCUCGGGUGCAGAAGUGGCUCUACGACCGGUUCGGGGUUUACAUCGAGGACUUCCGUUUCCAGCCGGAGGAGAACACAGUGGAGCCAGAGGAGCCGCUCAGUGCUAAGAGGUUAACAGAAAACAUGAGGCGACUCAAGCGGGGUGCCAGACCUGUAACUAACUUCUUGAGGAAUCUGUCAGCCUUAUCCAACUGGCACUCAGUGUACACUUCAGCCAUUGCCUUUAUUGUCUAUAUGAAUGCUGCGUGGUAUGGCUGGGCCAUUCCUAUGUUUCUGUUUUUAGCCAUUCUGAGGUUAUCCUUGAAUUACCUCAUUGCAAGAGGAUGGAGGAUUCAGUGGAGUAUUGUGCCUGAAGUUUCUGAACCUGUGGAACCUCCAAAAGAAGACUUGACUGUGUCCGAAAAGUUUCAGUUAGUCCUUGAUGUUGCACAAAAAGCACAGAAUCUAUUUGGAAAGAUGGCAGACGUUUUGGAGAAAAUCAAAAAUCUGUUCAUGUGGGUACAGCCUGAGAUCACUCAGAAGCUGUACAUUGGUCUGUGGGUGGCCUUUAUAUCCUCCUGCAUCCUGCCCUACAAACUCAUGGGCUUUAUUAUAGGGCUGUAUGCAGGCAUCAAAUUCUUCAUCAUCGACUUCCUGUUUAAGAGCUGUCCCAAGCUGAGGGACAAGUACGACACGCCGUACAUCGUGUGGAAUAACCUGCCCACAGACCCCCAACUUAAAGAGCGCAGCAACGCCACCAUGUCCAGACGGCUGUCUGGGUGUGAGAAGAUCCCGCCGGUGGUGUCGCGCAGUAGCUUAGCAACCAUUCCCUCAGGAAUGAGCAGAGAGGACGACAGUGGCCGCUCACAUAACACCAAGAGAGGAGCCUUCCAUGAGAUCUUCAACCUGCCAGAGACAGAAAGGCCUCUCCCUGUGUGUGAGAAUGGAUGGAGGUGUUGUUUGAUCAAUCGGGACCGGAAAAUGCCCACUGACUACAUUCGCAAUGGUCUACUCUAUGUUACUGAAAACUACUUGUGUUUUGAGAGCUCCAGCUCCAGAUCAGGCUCCUCCAAAAAGAAUAAAGUCAUAAAGCUUGUGGACAUCACAGAUAUCCAAAAGUAUAAGGUUUUGUCUGUUUUGCCUGGGUCAGGAAUGGGGAUCUCUAUUGCCACACCCUCAACACAGAAGCCCUUGGUGUUCGGUGCCAUGAUCCACAGAGACGAGGCGUUCGAGGCGAUCUUCACUCAGUACAUGAAGAUUGUGACCACAGGCUGCCACGAGACCUAGCGCAUCAUUAACCCUACGGAGAAGCUUCCACUUCUCUCUCUCUCUUCUCUCUCUCGUUCCUGUCUCAAUGAGCAGGCUGGAACUGAUCAGUUUAGUCGACCGUGGCUAGUUGAUCUCACGUGACGGUUGAGAGCAAACAGCAACACAUUCCUGUGGAGCGUUUUUCACACUGACGGCUCAGGGGGCUGGACCUCCUCGCCUGCCUGACUACACACUCUCUGAGGAGCAGAGUAUAGAGCUGCAUAUAGACUUAUGUGGUACACGUGUUUCUCAACACUUUUUCUGCCGUUCUGAUGCUGUGCGUUUAUUUGUUAAAGCUUUGCUUUGUAAUACCUGCCAGGAGAGCAUGCAAGAUGGUCACUAACACCUUGCAAAUUACUGAUGAAGCCUGUUCGUGUUACUUUACAUUGUUACACUGCAUACACAAACACACAACACACUCACAUAGGCACAUUUAACCCACCACUGAUUAACAGUGUGCUUCAGAUGUCUUUUUGCAUCAAAAUCUGGUUACUCCUGCUACAUAGCACUGUAGGGAAACAGUGUAGUUUCAAAUGUGACAUGUAUUAACUGCCUUUCUUUAUAGUUAUUUAUUUUGAUAAUAGCUAGUAAAAUGAUCGAUAUUUGAAUACUGACUGAUCUUUGAAUACUGAACUGAUUGGACCUGUUCUAAAGAAAAUCACAAAUUUUUCUCAAACAUCCUGGAACAGUUAGCAUUAGCAGUCUUUAAUUGUAGCACAUUCAAACAUUUUCUAAGCUCUUUAGAGGUGUUGCAUCAUAUGUCACUGACGAAUAAACCUCCAGUGUGUAGACACAGAAGUAUUAUUAUCACCCUAUGCAAAGUACCAAUAGUAGUCAUUAAAGUAAUACUACGAGUGCUCAUUUUCCAGGAGAAAGCAAGUUUUGUAACUACAGAUAUAAAAUCUGGCUCUAGACCUUAUUAAAGCUAAGACUGAUAGUUUCUCCAAAGAUGAGGAAUAUGCUUAAAACUAGUUAUGGAGUUAUAUUAACUGAAUAGUUGGAGAAUGACCAACCAUUCCCAUCUCUCUCUCUCUCUCUCCACUGAUGAAGUUUCUGCACACAUCACCUCCUUGUCUCCUCACUACUAUUCAACACCCAGCCCAGGCUUUAGUGGGCUGUCCCGCAUAAAGCCGAAGCCGCUCAGAACUCCAGCCUGAGAUCUCAGAGUUCUCCGCACUUUUACACUUCCACUGUCAGACACCAUGUCGUUUAGUUCAGGGCAAGGUCUGCACUCGCAAACCAUUGUCAUAUACAAUAUGUUGAGCUCCCUGGCUACAUUUUCAGCCAUUAAAAAAACAAUGAGUAUGAGGAAUUAAUCUGAGCACCUUGUUUUUGCAGAUGAAGUAUGAAUGCCAGAUCAGUUUAUAGUGAGGAACAGCAAUGUCAGACAAUGAACUAGAAACAAACAUCAGCUCAGCAAACCAUUGGCAUAUGUUAUAUGAUGCAUUCUUCAUCAUUUUGAGUCUGGAGUUGCAACAGGCUUUUUAAGUAGAGACCACAAUCUGUAUGAAAAGCUUGCUUGAAGGUUGUUUUGCGCACUCAGAGAAAGUCUCGGCUUUCAUACCAUGUCAAUAUUGUUAUGAAAUCCAAACAAAUAUCGAUUGACCCUCAAACAUGGGAGGAGGCAUUUUCUACCUUUUAGAAUGCUGCAUUUAUCUCCAGAUGCUACUGAGUAUUUGUCUCUUUCUCAUCCUCCUCCUCUCUUUUUAUUACAAGUUGCAGAAUAACCCCUUGAAUGCACAGUCGUGGGUGCUGAAAGGUUCAGUUCAACUGGCUGAAAAGUACCAUUUCUCUCGACAUCAAUGAUUAUUAACAGUGUUUCACCCACAGGAUGAAGAGUGUGUAUGUCUGAAAAGUGUUAAUAUCUCCUUAUGCUUGAUUUAAUUCUCUAACUAUAAGACUGCACACUUUGAGGCCUCACAGAUAUAGAGUCCCCGGUUCAUUUUAGUCCUGAGCCGGUUUACUGUCUGUGUGGAGCUUUGCUUGUUCUCUUAGUGUCUGCAUGGGUUUCCUCCGGGUUCUCUGGUUUGCGCCCACCUCCCAAAAACUUGCCAGUAGGUGUAUUGGCUUCUCUAAAAUGCCUCUAGUAUUGUGUGUGUGUGUGUGUGUGUGUGUGUGUGUGCUGCCUUGAAAUGGACUGGGUGUGCAUUCCUGCUUCAUGCCCAGUGUUCCCAGGAUAGGAUCUAGCUCCACCUGGUGAAUGACUGAAUGAAUGAAUCAACGAAUGAAUAUGAAUUCUGUUAUUCGGAGAAAACAAUAAUUUUCCAUUAGCAUAAAGCCGAGACUUUCUUUAUGCCAAAUGUAUUAAAAUGUUCUUCUGGGUUACAGUGAUUCACAAUGACAGAGCAGGUCACAUAUGUUUAUAAGAGCAAAGUGCCAGACUGAUUGAGUCACUAAGAGUUGUGUGAUUGUGAUCGUAUGAGUGUGUGUGUCAAAACGCAAAUAUUCAGCUUGAGCAAGUGUCACAUGAUGUUCUUGUUGACUAACGUGUUUUCACUGGAGAAUUAUUUUACAUUCUGCUACUGAUUAUUCUGAUCACUGACGUCAGCCAUAUGGUAUUGAAUGUAUAGUAAUCUGAAACUUGAGCUAUCAAUGCAGGUGAUCAGAAGGCUAUGAGUUUAAAUCCCAGCACUGCCAGAGACCCACGCUGAAGGCCUUGAACCCUCAACAUGCUCAGAUGGAAGCUUGGUUCAUUUUCUGCACAUUUGCAAUUGCUUUAGCUGAAAGCGUCCGUAAAGUGAGUCCACAUAAACGUCCCAAAGCUUUUAAAACGACUCUUUGUAAUCGAUAAUCAGCUUUUUCUGAUUGUCCUACACUUGCACUAAACAAGCACAGAUUAUAUUGUCUCAACACUAGUUUUGCCAAAUAUUUCUUGUUUUUUUUCUCUCUCGUUCAUUCUUUUUAUUUUUAUUAGCCAUGGUCUCUGUAAAACAGAUGUUUACAGGAAGGUUUGAUUUAAAUCCAUGUUGUGCCUCAGUUUGAACCCACAGGGAUAUGAGAACGGAGGCGAAAUCCAUCACUGGAUGGUCACUGGUUGUCACUGUGUUUCUCCAGUUCUGUGCUUAACACUGGUGUGAUAGUUAUAUAUAUUAAAAUGAUAUAUUUGUUUUAACUGUGUGCAAAUGUUUGCUAAAUAUUUUUUUAUAAUAUUAACACACUCAAUGUACUGAAGAAAUAGAAAUUUAUAUUGUUGAGAUGUGUGAAUUAUUAUUAUCAUGCUAUUUAUGUCACUGGAGUAAAAGGAUAAUUGAAGAUAAGUAAAAGAAGUUUAUAUUCAGUGCAAUGCAGUAAUAUUAGAACCACAAUUUGUUUUUGUUUUUGAACUGUGUGUCUGUUAUAAAAUCAUAUUGUGGAGUACAUUUUGUAAUGGAGUAAAUAAGAUUUAAAGGA